UUCGAAUAACUUAGACACAACAUUCUUCUUGAGAUUCGUUUCUUUAUUAAAAAUCAUCAAACCGGAAAUCGCAUUAUGUCAAAAGCUUUUCUCUAUGUCAUCGGCGCAUAUUCAGUAGCCAUCUUUCCUAAUUUUGUGCAGGCUGACUACAAGCAAGAUUAUGCGGAAUAUACAAAAAAUUUAUGCGUCCAGCAACUAGAUGUAUGCAGAAAACAACUUGCCACUGGCCACUACGGCACCGUUUUGAACGCGACUGACGGUGAUUUGAAUGUACUAUGUGAUGGAAAACCACGAGAUAAUAAAGCUACCCAAUGCAUGCUGGCGUGUCAAAUGAAACUUAAGGGAUGGAUGGACGAAAGUGGAUUGUUUCAACCGUCCGGUUAUAUUGAAUAUAUGGAAGGCCUACCGCACAAAACCGAUGCAAAAUAUUGGGAAGCGGUUGAAGCCGCUGCUGCAUCAUGUAGCGUUUAUGCGACAUUAAAUGAAUGCGAAACUGCUUACGUGACUGCAAAAUGUCUAGCAGAUGAAGGUCAUAAAUACGGUUAUGAUGGCUUUGGUGUUCACUACUUAACCUAUAUCGUUACCGUGUACCUAUAGAUUUAUUGUGAAUAUCAAGUGGAUGCUGAAAAUUUUGUAACAAAUAUUUUCACAAAUAAAAUCUGUCACACGUAUUUUUGCGUUCGACACAAAAAA